CAGUGACAGUUUUCCACCCCAUAUCACAUUAUCACAUUUGAUAAAUUGUCUAUCGUCAACGCACUACUGGCAUUCCUCCGAAUACAUCAUUCCUCCCAAUCUAGUCCCUACCCAAGGAGCGUCGUCGCGUACCAAGCCUGCUUGCCUCACAACUUGUCUCACCCAGCUCUCCGAUCAUCCACGAUGUCCGGCAGUCAACAGGGCGAGUGGCCGCCAUUCGUCGGCUACCAAGUACCCAACAUGUCUGGCAAUCAACAAGGCGACUUACCGCAAUUCGACGUCAAUCAAGGGCCCAUGAUAUCUGGUGCUCAGCCAGGCGAGUCACCCAAGUUUGGCGACGACGAGAUGCCUACCGGUAGCAUGUAUGAAAGUCAGCAAGGAGAGUUACCGCAAUUCGACCCCAACGAACUGCCUGGCAUAUAUGAAAAUCAGCAUGGAGAGUUACAGCAAUUCGACGUCAACCAAGCGCCCAUGUUGUUUGGCGAUCAACAAGUCAUCCUAGAGCAGUUUGACGCCAACCAGAUGCCUACCGAGAGCAUGUAUGGAAGUCAGCAAGGCGAGUUACCGCAAUUCGACGCCAAUGAAAUGCCUGGCCUGUAUGAAAAUCAGCAAGGGGAGUUACAGCAGUUCGACGCCAACCAAGCGCCCAUGUUGUUUGGCGAUCAACAAGGCCAGCUACAGCAGUUUGACGCCAACCAGAUGCCUACCGGUAGCAUGUAUGGAAGUCAGCAAGGCGAGUCGUCUCUUUCCCCUGCCAACCAGGUGCCCAUGAUGUUUGGCAAUCAGCAAGGCGAGUCACAGCAGUUCAACACCAACCAAGCACUCAUAAUGUUUAGCAAUCAACAAGGCGAGUUACCGCAAUUCGACGCCAACGAAAUGCCUGGCCUGUAUGAAAAUCAGCAAGGCGAGUUACAGCAGUACAACGCCAAUCAAAGGCCCAUGAUAUUUGGCAAUCAGCAAGGCGAGUCGUCUUUUCCCCCUACCAACCAGGUGCCCAUGAUGUCUAGCAAUCAGCAAGGCGAGUCACAGCAGUUCAACGCCAACCAAGCACUCAUAAUGUUUGGCAGUCAACAAGGCGAGUUGUCGCUUUCCCCUGCCAACCAAGCACUCCUCGGAGCUACCUCUGCUCAAGGCGGUCAAGGAGCAGAACAGUCAGCGACCAUCGAAUCAGUGAUGGCUGCCUUGACACGCCUGGCGGCAAUUUGCGAAGGCAUAGAGACCACCUUGCCCAUGGACGUCUAUCGUGAGCUGCAAAGAGAUUACAAUGCCUUGGUUUCCACAGUGCAGGCGAAAAUAGACCUCUCUCGAGAACCUGUGCCUCAACCGAUACUGGAAGCUUCUAUACGCCUAGAAUCAAGGUUAUUCCAGCUCAUGCAUCACACACCUGUCGACGAUGUCGCCAGCCCGGUUCUUGGGCGACUAGCCGCCCCGCCGUGUCAGCUAGAGAGCAUGAGCUCGGUAGCCAUGGCACAAACAGUCGCAACGUUGAACCAGGCCUUUCCAAUACCAUGUCGUAGUUGCGCGGGUACAGGCGCUGCAUGCCAGAGGUCCUUCAUUGACGAAGAAUGCGCCUUCUGUGAAGGCUCCAACCGAGAGUGUAAAACCGACUAUACCGUGGACACCGGUCCACCACCAGUCAGUGGCGGUUCUGCGGCUGCGGCUGCGAACACGCGAAGAGUUAUGGACAACCUCUUCCAAGAACAUUGCAAGGCGAUUCUCGAUAUUGUCCACUCGAGGGUGAGGGACGCCACGAGUCUAUUAUACGUGCAAAAUGAACUAUCCUCACUUCGUCCGACCUUGGAGGGGUAUGAUGAUGUUUUCCUUUGGAAUGUUUGGAUAGGGAGCAUGAAAGAAACAUGGCUCCAUUGCAACAUGGAGAUACGCGUCGCCAAAAACCCGCCGGCAUGCCUGGAGACAAGCAGAGGGUGGGCUGUGCGCGAAUGUGUCCAAGGACGCCUUAGUCGGAUGAAGUUAAUGGCUCGAGACACCCCCGAUACCUUUUCAGUUAGAUUUGGUGCAUUCGGACUAUUUCGAGACUCAAUCGCACGCAACCUGUUUUGGUUGGACACGUACUGGUUGGCAGAAAUUUGUCCACAGCAGCGUCUAGAAAUCAGGAAUACGCUAGUGGAUUUACUGUCCUUCUGUAACAUCACGGCCGGAUACAUAUGCUCGGCACAGUCUUAUCUCGCGUUAGCCCACCGAGAGUUCCUGCGCGCCAAUGGUUACAUGGUCGCUCAAGAGUUUGUCGAGAUCUAGAAGGCACUGGAACCUUUUUAUGAGCAGAACGUAUACAUUGACAUUGUCCUGCAUCUGUGUCGGUUUGCCG